AUGUCAGCCAACAUUCGUAUUGCUGUAGACGUCAAGCUUUUCCAGCACCUGAAAGAAGCGGGUGGCGCCGGCCUUAGUGCUUCAGCUUUGUCUGAAAAAACGGGCGUCGAUGUCGCUCUACUGGAACGUCUAACGAGACAUCUCGUGGCAAUGUAUCUCAUCACUUAUCACGAUGGAGCCUUCCACGCCACAACACUAAGCAAUGGCCAUGCGGAGGAAAACUACCAACACAGCAUCUCCUUCUGCUACGACGCAGCAAGACCCUCAUUCAACGGCUUCCCCGAGUUUUUCAAGAAAACUCAAUACCGAUCCCAUUCGUUAGGGAGCCUCGAAGGCCUCUUUCAAGACGCACACAAGACUCAGCUCCCGUUCUUCGAAUGGCUGGUCGCGACGCUGCCGCAUCUCCAGCAUUUCGACUCGUUUAUGAGUGCGUAUCGUGUGGGCAAGGCGAAUUGGUAUGAUCCUGGCUUUUAUCCCGUAUCCGAACGUAUGAUCUCUGGUUUCGAUGGAAGCUCUAGCGACGUUCUGCUUGUAGACGUGGGUGGUGGAAGGGGUCAUAAUGUUGCUGCCUUUGCUGCGCAGCAUGUAUCUCGUAUGGGAAGGAUCAUACUCCAGGAUCGAGAGCCCGUCAUUGCUGGUGUCUUGGCCAGUGGCAAGGAACGACUCUUCGAAGCGCAGGUCCACGGCUUUUUCACGCCGCAGCCCAUCAAAGGGGCGCGCGCAUACUCUCUGCAUUCUAUUCUCCACGACUGGGGUGAUGAUGAAGGUGUGAAGAUAUUGGAAAUCCUGGUACCAGCGCUGAAGAAGGGUUAUUCAAGAGUAUUGCUGAACGAAAUUGUGGUCAGUGAGGAGAAGCCGACGAUCGCCGCGACGAGUAUGGAUAUGAUGAUGCUGGAUCAUUUUUCUGUGAGGGAAAGAACAGAGACGGAAUGGAGGGUCAUUCUAGCGAAGGCUGGGUUGAAUAUUAUACAUAUUUAUACGUAUCCAGGAGUUGCUGAGAGUUUGAUUGAGGCGGAGUUAGCUUGAGAGCCAUUUUGCAUUGUGCAAGAGUGGGUGCUGCUGCCAUGGCGCAUUAACUAUAGCUAUAGUGUUACAGUGUUAGG